AACAGGUUUCCUCCCUGUCUGUGUUUCUCUCAGGCAGUUCUGUGAAGAGAGCUCGUCUUCCUCAGCAAACACUGAUGAAUUAAAGGCCCUCUGAAGACAGAAGUGACAAGUUGGAAGAAGAGCUCCAACCCAGCAAAUGAACAAGGAGACUCUUGAUCGACGUUUCGCUCAGAAAACAAAUCAGGGUUCGGCCUCGGUGGGAGCGGAGCUCCACUGAGAGGAAGCAGAGAGUCGGAGAGAGCCGAGCGCAUAGUCCCAUUGGUUAGGCAAGAUGGCGGUGCUGAUAGCAAAGCGGCAGGGCUUCGGGCUGCUGAGGGUCCUCCUGGUGCUGCUGGGAGUUUCAGUGCUCUGCAGUGUUGCGUUAGGAACCAGGAAAGGACAUGCUACGCUGGACCACAGGAGCCACAGACACAGGCAUCCAGGUCACUUAUCGCUGCACAGACAUAGACAGAGGACAGGGAAGGAAGGCCAGGUACUGCACCGGUCCAAACGAGGAUGGGUUUGGAAUCAGUUCUUUGUCAUUGAGGAAUACACCGGACCUGACCCGGUGUUGGUGGGGAGGCUUCACUCAGAUGUGGACAAAGGCGACGGUACCAUCAAAUACAUCCUGUCCGGUGAAGGCGCAGGAACGAUAUUUGUCAUUGACGACAAGACGGGCAACAUCCAUGCCACGAAAACGCUGGACCGCGAGGAGCAGGCCCAGUACACCCUGACAGCACAGGCAGUGGCCCGGGACACCAAUGAGCCACUGGAACCUCCAUCGGAGUUCAUAGUGAAAGUUCAGGAUAUCAACGAUAAUCCGCCAGAGUUCCUGCAUGGACCGUACUACGCCAGGGUGCCUGAGAUGUCCAAUGUUGGUACGUCGGUGAUGCAGGUGACGGCUACAGACGCCGAUGACCCCACCUAUGGCAACAGCGCCAGGCUGGUGUACAGCAUUCUGCAAGGACAGCCGUACUUUUCUGUGGAGCCUCAAACAGGUAUAAUCCGCACUGCCUUGCCAAACAUGGACCGUGAGGCACGGCAGGAAUACGACGUCGUCAUCCAGGCCAAAGAUAUGGGCGGCCACAUGGGGGGGCUGUCAGGGACCACCGAGGUCAAAAUCACCCUCACAGAUGUUAACGACAACCCUCCAAAGUUCCCACAGAGUGUGUAUACCAUGUCUGUGUCAGAGGACAAGGUGGCAGGAGAGGAGGUGGGCCGUCUUAAGGCCAAAGACCCUGACAUGGGAGACAACGGACUUGUGAACUAUCGCCUCAUAGAUGGAGAUGGGAUGAGCAUGUUUGAGCUGUCCACCAACUCAGAGACCAGAGAGGCAGUUAUCAAACUGAAGAAGCAAGUGGACUUUGAGACAAAGAGGUCCUACACAUUGAAGGUGGAGGGGUCCAAUCCACACAUAGACCCUCGAUUUCUCGCUUGGGGACCUUACAAGGAUGAAGCCACAAUCAAGAUAUCGGUGGAGGACGCAGAUGAGCCUCCCGUUUUCAUAGCCUCUAGUUACACUUUCGAGGUGGAGGAGAACGCGCCUCGAGGCACCCCGGUGGGACGGGUUCACGCCAAGGACACGGAUGUUGCCAACAAUCCUGUCAGAUAUAUGAUUCCUCGGUACACGGAUGUCGAUCAGUUCUUCAGCAUCUCAGAAGACGGAAUGAUCAUCACGAACAGACCGCUGGACCGAGAAACACAACCCUGGCACAACAUUUCAGUUUCAGCUACAGAGAUUGGCGGUCACCACCAAGACACCAAAGUGAGAGUUAACAUCAAAGUGAAAGACGUCAACGACAAUUCCCCAGAGUUUGCCACAAACAACGAAGUCCACAUGUGUGAAAAUGUGGCGCCAGGGAAGGUUAUCGAAACAGUCAGCGCUGUGGACAAAGACGAGAUGGCUCACCGGCAACACUUCACUUUCAGCCUUGCUCCCGAAGUCGCCCACAACCAGAACUUCUCACUCAAAGACAACAGAGACAGCACAGCCAGCAUCUAUGUGCUCCGCAAAGGCUUCAGCCGUCUGACCCAGGAUGUCUACUACCUUCCCAUUGAAAUAAACGACAAUGGCUUCCCCUCCAUGAGCAGCACCAACACCCUGACCAUCAGAGUCUGCUCCUGCGACAGCAAAGACUCCAUCCUCUCCUGUAACGUGGAGCCCUAUGUCCUGCCUGCUGGCCUCAGCACCGGUGCUCUGAUUGCAAUUCUAGCCUGCAUUGUCAUUUUGCUCGCCAUUGUGGUUCUGUUUGUCGCACUGAGGCGUCAGAAGAAGGAGCCACUGAUAGUGUUUGAGGAGGAGGACAUCAGAGAGAAUAUCAUUACAUAUGAUGACGAAGGAGGCGGUGAGGAAGAUACAGAGGCCUUCGACAUCGCGACACUGCAGAACCCAGACGGUGCCAACGGUUUCCUGCCAAGGAAAGACAUCAAACCGGAACUCCAGUACCCCAUCAGGCCUGGAGUGGGUCGCCCAGCACCCAACAGCGUCGAUGUGGAUGACUUCAUCAAGACUCGGAUCGCGGAGGCCGAUGGCGACCCCACGGCGCCGCCCUACGACUCCAUCCAGAUCUACGGCUACGAGGGCAGGGGAUCGCUGGCCGGUUCGCUGAGCUCACUCGAGUCGGUCACGACGGAGUCCGACUUGGAUUAUGACUAUCUGCAGAGCUGGGGGCCGAGGUUCAGGAAGCUAGCCGAUCUGUACGGGACAAAAGACUGCUCGGUUCUCGACGAGGACGACGGCGAGGACUCUUAACAGCGGUCUUUCCGGUGGAGGACAACCCCCUGAUUUCAGAUUCAUUGAUUCCAUGAGGAUGCGCUGACUGAGGGUUCAUUCACGUUCCAGUUAUAACCAACUAGUUCAUGCCAAUCUAAACAUUAACAGCUCCUCCCUUCCGCAUGGCGGUUCCCCCAGGAUGGUUGGGUAGAGGGACGCUGACUUGAACCGCUGCCCUUUCUUUUUCUUAAAUCUCUUCUGUAUCUUCUAUUGUUCAUUUUUUCCACUGUUUCUAUAGACUUGAGCUUUGCAGGGCUGAGAGUUCUGUCACCAGUUUGUCUGUUUAAGAGAAAAUUUGAUGGGAACCAUGUUAGUGUACCAUGUUGGAUAUAGCAUAUACUUCUGUGGACUAGAUUCAUGUACUUCCUCACAGGUGGCAGCCAGGGAGAUAUUUUAUUCUCUUAACAGCUCCCUUAGCUGCGGGGCAUAUUGCAUUCUGUUUCUCUCUUAAAGCAGACGAGGAAGAGCAAGAAAAAAAUGUGUGUUAUGGGGUCUGACAACAGUCUGCAACCAGAUGAAAUCUGAAGAAGUUUAACAUGCUGUUCUGUCGGCCGAAAGCAGCAGGUACCACAGAUCAGAUGAGUUGACCGACUCCGGGUUGUUGAUACUCUGAAGAUGAGCAGAGCAUCUUCACAGUAUGGUGGCCUUAUAAUAAUUCAACAACAACUCCAGGGGUUAGCACACACGAAAACCAGAGACUGAAGAUCGAGACCACUAGCUUUGGUAGCUGCACCAACACGUGGGCUGUAGGAGUAUCCGUGAUAGUGCUUCACAAGUAUCACCCAUUUUUUUCUACUCCCAAACAGAAAUGAACUGAAAAAGUAUCUCCAUUUCCAAACUGUGGAUUUUUUUUCCCUUAGUGAUUGAGUCUUCUCUAAGAAGAGAAGACGUUUCUAUUCCACAGACCUGAUUUGUCCAAACUCCUGCCAUCAGCAAUCGUUUCCCAUUUUGACCUGAGCAGACCAACGAAUGAUCACCGCCAUAUUCCCAGUCCACCAGUGAUGACGAUGGGUAAAAAUCUGUGAGCUCUAAAAAUCGCCUUAAACUUAAACAGAAACUCUUGCAACCCAGUGCAUUCUCUCUUUUUUUCCCUUUUUUAAGUUCUUUUUUUUUUACUUGAAGAGUAUAUUCAGAAAGCAAACUCUUCUGCUUGUUUAGUGUGUACAGAGCAACAUGCGGACAUAUGACGAAUCACUCUGAGGGUACAACCUGCGCCUCGGCCGCUCUUAAACAAGGAUGUGCUGUUGAUUUGUUAGCCCAGCAAAGUAAAUGUAAACUUUUUCACCCCCUCCACAUUCCUAGGUAUAGUGGCUGUUGAAAGUUAACACACCUCUAGUAAAAUGUCGUGCUCUUGUGGUGUUAAAAAAAAUUUGACCUUUAUUAUUGAACCCUUAGAAUCCAACUAAAAACAAGGUGUGAAUAAGUGGGUACAGCCUUAAGCUUAUACUCAGUUGAACCAACUUUUGAUUGAAUUUCACCAUUUAGAAUUCUUUGGUAUGAUUUUAUCAGAAAACCACAUUUUGUUUUCACAACAUUUUCUCUCUCUACUUUGGAAAACUUUCCAAAUCGCAGAAAUUCUAAGAACUUUCUUGUCCACAAAAGGUGAGGGCUGUCAAAUUUAAGCUGAAGUAAAAUUUUACAUAAUGGCUAAUAACCAUGGUGUGCUUUGGUUUAUCACUAAUGUCUUUGUUUUUUCCUGUCUUCUCCUCACUGAUACCUUUGCCUAAUUAGAUACUUCUUUUUCUGUAAGAUCUUUGUAAAACUUACCUAAAAUAUGCUAAUUAGCAAAUGUCAGGAAGAUUUAGCAAAGUCUCAUUGUGUGCAUCACAGAAAUCUGGCACUUUAACGGGGGUGUGAACACUUCCAGAGCAGUAGUGUGUUGCCUGCAACAUGUGUUGCAUCAACAUGUGUUGAUUUUAAGCAUAAAUUGUGGGGCAGGAGGGGGUGACGGAAUCCUGGAAAGGUUGACACCCGAACAUCCUUUUUAAGAGUGUGUGUUUUUGUUCACCUUCUUUUUAAUGUUAUAUUAUUAUUACUGUUGUUUUCUAUUAUUAUUGUUAUUGUUACCAUCAUUAUUAUUACAGUAAGAGUUACUUCAUUGGCUGCAGCUACAAAGAAACAAACUGAUGUUUAACUGUAUGCAGACGACACUUGAGUGUUCUUACUGUUUAAUUAACUCACACCAAAUAAAAGAUCAUUUGUUUUUCUUUUCUUUGGAAAGUUGUAAGAAAUUCCCUGCCUAAAGUUAAAUAUCAACUUUGAUUAUUAUCAUUCUUUGCCUGCGCAGACACAUUUUCUUCCUUUCUUAUUUUAUUCUUUGUAUUUCACAUCGUUCAUUCCAUUAUUUUGCAUUUCUUGGUUCUUUCUCCCUGUUCCUGAGGAAAAACUAGCAAUCUGUGUUUGUUGCAGUGAGAGAACGCCUCCUUUUUAAUUCUCUGUCAAGUUUUAUGGUACAGAUUUGUACAAUUUUAAAAGUUAUUAUUUUAGUAUACAUGCAGAAUAUUCCAGUAUUACAACAAAAACAUGUUAAGAAGAUUUAAAAAAAAAAGUUACAUCACACUUAUAUUUUCAGAACAUUGUAUUGUUGCUUUACUAUGUGCUUCAAUCUGAGAAGCAGAAAAAAAAUUUGAAAUAAAUGCUCUUUUUAUAACAUUUU